ACAUGCAACAGAACACCUACACUCUAUAAUUAUUAAUUAAUAUUAACUAUAAUAAUACUAUAAUAUUAGACAACACUAUAUAUGCGUACGCAUAAAAGGGUUGAGAUGAGACACACAGACUCAGUUUCAUCUCAUUCUGAAACCAAAAGUUCUACAAUCAUGAAGUUCUUCAUUGUUCAAACUAUUGCUGUCACGGUUUUCCUCCUGACUAAUCGUAUGGUCCCAGCCAAUGGUGGCCAGUCGCUAGCUGACCUCCUCCGCUCCUUAAUCCAAGACGAGGGGAGUGCUCAGUUGAUGCAGACAGCCAUUGUGGAAAGCAUUGAUGGCCGUGCACAAAGCUUCAGUCUAAACAUUGUUGGCUGUGACACCGUCAGCAGUACAGUUCGUAGCAAACUGAGCAACUAUCUGGAGGGAGUCUUCCCCGGUAGAGGCAUCACCAUCUCAUGUGCAGCAGGUGUUCUCUCCGGAGGGGUGACGUACACGAGGUGGGGCCACAAUGCUUGUCCAAGUGUGUCUGGUACAAAGAUGCUGUACACUGGGAGAAUGAGCGGAGUAUUUUACAAUAGAAAAGGAGGUGGAGCCAACUUUCUCUGUCUUCCAAACAACCCAGAGUACCACACCCUCAACACAAAUCGCCCAACAUAUUAUUCCCUGAUUUCCGGCACAGAAUACGAAUCUCCAAUUGCUGGUAGUCAUGACCACAAUGUACCGUGUGCUGUUUGCCAUGCUACGACAAGAGCAGCUAAAGUAAUGAUUCCUGCCAAGACCAGCUGCCCUCCAAACUGGACAAGAGAGUACUACGGCUAUCUAGAGAGCGAGGGUAAUUGGAACGAUCGUCAACGCACUGAGUACGUUUGUGUGGACAAAGCUCAAGUAUCUCUUUAUGGAUCACAUGCAAAUAUCAAUGGAGCCGUAAUAUAUCAUGUGAGAGCCACAUGCACCGGGAUACAGUGCCCUCCAUACAAUGCAAACGACGUACUGACAUGUACCGUAUGUACCAACUAAACAUCAAACAAUUAUGAAAACACUGGAGUACUUACAAACUAUGAGAAUUAUAAAUUGGAAUGUUGAACACAUUUUAACGUAUAAUUAUAUAUGUGGUAUUAAUGUUGUGUAGGAUAGAAUCAAUGGAAUCUACAAUACAUGUACAUAUGGUCUUGCAUUGAACUGAAUGACUAAACUAACAGUCUCAGAAAUUGAGA